AUGGCAACCUUCUCCGCCAUCAACGCCAGUCUCGCUGAGCCCCAAGAUGCUCGGUCUACCCACUCGCACGCUCCAGCUACCCCGAAGCCCGACGCGAACAUGACCGACCAUGCCGCUCGGGACGACAACCUCGACAAGUCCUCGCCCAACACCCCAACAAGACAUAGCUUUGGAGGUCUGCCCGGUCAGAAGCCUCUACCUGACGAACCACUGACGCCCGUCCAGCCGACGGACCAGGCAUCUGAACCAGGGUCAGCGAUGAAAAGAGAUAGUCCGCAUCGAUCGAUCAAGUCGCACGAUGUCGAGAUGGGAGAUGGCGACGACGAUGAGCAGCGCGGGCAAGACGAUGAAUCAGACAAUGACAGUGUCACGAGCGAAUCACAAAGGCCGUCCAAGAAGAAGAAGAGCCAGCGCUUCUUCUGCACCGACUUUCCACCAUGCCAGCUCAGCUUCACGAGGAGCGAACAUCUGGCUCGGCAUAUCAGGUGAGUUAUCUCCACAUCGUCUGUAUUGAUCUUUGCUGAUGAUCCAUACAGAAAGCACACGGGAGAACGACCCUUCCAAUGCCACUGCUCUCGACGAUUCUCACGCCUCGAUAACCUUCGCCAGCAUGCACAGACGGUCCAUGUGAAUGAGGAGAUACCCGGAGAUUCACUGGCUGCGACCAGUACUCGGUUUCAGAGACAGAUUCGCACGGACCGUGUGCGUCCGCCAACGGGGAGGUCUCGCGCAUCCACCCUAGGGAGCCAGGGUGGACACUCGAGAGGCCACAGCCGCAACCUUUCCACCUCGAGCAUUGGCUCAACUGCCUCGAGCGUUGGCGUUGCAGAAGACGUUCGACGCAGGCCACAGCCACUGGCUAUGGCCAAUGAUCCGACUGCACGUGCGAGACUAUCGCUGGAGACGUACAGCAAUGGCAUGUCUGGAAGUCCGGGACAGCAGUACAUCUACUACAACCAGUCGCCCACUGGCUACAGCACGCCGACGUCGACAACCUUCUCGACCGGCCCUCAGAGUCCUCGCUUCCAGUCAGGCAUGGCCUCGCCGGCUUCAACGCUGUCCCGAUCGUCCCACUACAACGGUGCGCGCCCAGGAAGCCGUCGCUUGUCCGUUCCGUCUGGCCAGAACCCAUUCCAGGCGCAAAAUUCAACCUAUCCUCCUCCUCCAUACUUCAGUCCGAUGCCGUCGGGACAGCCGGCGAACUUCUCCCAAAAUAGCAGUGUGUUUGCUAGCCCAACAAGCUCGGUGUUCUCGCACGGACGGCGAGAGUCUGAAUCCGAGAUGGAGUGUCGGCGACGAACAUGGCACCCCAGCAGCAACUCCCAGUAUGCCCAGCGGCCCGCGACAAGUGGGUUGACGUACCAUCAGACUCCGGACGAACCGCGCCCAGCAUUCACGCAGCAGCAGGCUGCGAGCCAGAUGACCCGACUUCCCGGUAUAGAAAGCUUCGACCACGCUCCGCCUCCUGGUGUCCGCCAACAACCGAGUCCCAUGAUGGUCGACUCAUCACCUCGGCCUUCCAGCUCUGGACGACCGGUCGACGCUGGCCUGCAGCAAGGGUUGACCAGAUUGGAUAUUGCCGCCGCCAACGACGCACAGUGGCCAGCGGCCCCCGGAGCACUUCAGCAGCAGGUUGUUUACUUCACACAUCAAGCGCCCCCGCAAUACGUACAAUACAAGCACACAUCUCUGCCGGAGCAGCCCGUCACUCCGAAAAGACAGAAGCGCCAUGGUUGGUAUGGCGGCCCAAUCACGCCGUCUCAAGCACAGCCGGCAGCUGGAGGAGCGCAUCGCCCUUCGCCUGAAGACUCUGGCAGCAGCGAUGGCAUUCCCACACCGUCCACAUCCCAAGGCACUGAGUACCAUCCGGUCAUCAUCAGUGCGAACGGACCGUCGGAGUUCCCACCCGGAACGGCCAUCACUGACGAUCAGAAAGUACUGAACUACACACCUGGUCAUCAAGGACGGACGGACUCUGGCUACCAGCAGUUUUCUCAGCCACAGCAGCAAGCCGCGCCACCACCGCAGACGUACGCGCUCCAGUCUGGUCAUGACCCACAAUUUGCUCAAGCCCCUUACAGCAAACCUCCCAACAACGACAUGGCCAAGCUAGAAGCUCUUGUUGCUGUCGCAACCAGUGAGGGCAGUCGAGCCGUGGAGCACAGGUCUUAG